GCCAGACUCAAGGAACUAGCUGACAAAAACUGAAAAAUAACGGAAGAUCUGCAGAUGGUAUUCAAAUGUUUCUCAGAAAAAAAAUAACAAAGUAGAAAAUUAUUGUGUCAAAGAAAGAGAUAAAUUUUUUAAUUGAACAGUUUCUUAAAUCUACUGGAACUAUGGCGAGCUAUAUAGCACAACCUCAAAAAGUACCGAAAGUUGCGAAGGUUAAAAACAAAACACCAGCAGAAAUUCAAAUUACUGCUGAGCAGUUAUUACGUGAAGCAAAAGAAAGAGACUUCGAAAUAUUACCCCCGCCUCCCAAGCAAAAGAUAUCUGAUCCAGAGGAACUUGUUGAAUAUCAGUUACGAAAACGAAAAACAUUUGAAGAUAACAUAAGAAAAAAUAGAACUUUAAUUAAUAAUUGGAUUAAAUACGCUCAGUGGGAAGAAAGUCAAAAAGAAGUCAAUAGAGCUCGUUCAAUUUAUGAGAGAGCUUUGGAUGUAGAUCACAGGAAUGUUACCUUAUGGUUAAAGUAUGCUGAAAUGGAAAUGAAACAUCGGCAAGUAAAUCAUGCUCGCAACAUAUUUGAUCGUGCUGUUACCAUCCUCCCUCGUGUUAACCAAUUUUGGUACAAGUAUACUUAUAUGGAACAAAUACUGGAUAAUAUUGCUGGAGCAAGACAAAUAUUUGAAAGAUGGAUGGACUGGGAGCCUCAUGAGCAAGCUUGGCUGACUUAUAUUAAGUUUGAGCUUAGAUUUAAAGAAAUUGAUCUUGCUCGACACAUCUAUGAGCGUUUUGUCAUUGUUCACUUUGAGGUUAAAAACUGGAUUAGGUAUGCAAGGUUUGAAGAAACAAAUGGUUUCAUUUCUAGAGCUAGAUCUGUUUAUGAGCGUGCCGUUAAAUUUUAUGGUGAAGAAUAUAUGGAUGAAAAACUAUUUGUUGCAUUUGCCAAAUUUGAAGAAAAUCAAAAAGAGCAUGACCGUGUAAGAAGGAUAUAUAAAUAUGCCUUAGACAAGAUACCAAAAGAAAAAGCUCAGGAGCUUUUUAAGAACUAUACCAUUUAUGAAAAAAAGUAUGGAGAUAGAACAGGGAUAGAAAAUGUGAUUGUUAGUCAAAGAAAAUUUCAAUAUGAAGAGGAAACAAAGAAUAAUCCCUUGAAUUAUAACAAUUGGUUUGAUUACUUGAGACUAAUGGAAAGUGAAAGCAGUAUUGAAGAAACAAGAGAGGUGUAUGAAAGAGCAAUUGCAAAUGUGCCUAUAAAGAAAGAAAAAAGGUACUGGAGAAGGUAUAUUUAUCUCUGGAUAAAUUAUGCACUAUAUGAAGAGUUGAAUGUGAAAGGUGUUGAAGAAGACAAAACAAGAGAAGUCUAUUUGGCAUGUUUGAAUAUCAUACCUCACAAAGUAUUUACAUUUGCAAAGGUUUGGCUUUUGGCUGCAGAAUAUGAAAUUAGAGAGAAAAAUUUAAUGGCUGCAAGAAAACUUUUGGUAAUUUAUUUUUAA